GUGCAACCUGGGAAACACCGCCCUGCACACGGCCGCGCGCGGCGGGCACCUCGCGGUGGUCGAGCUUCUCCUGGACCGCGGCGCCAAGGUGGACGCCCAGAACGCGAACGCCUGGACGCCGCUCGCCUGGGGCGCCAUGGCCGGUCGCGAGGAGAAGCCGCCACGCUACCGCACAUGCCAGCUCAGCGAUGAGGCCAUGGUCGACUUUGUCAAGCGGCGCGUAUCAUUGAUCGAGAAGAACUACAUCAAUGGUACAACGGAGCAAAUCCUCAAGGACAACAUGCCAUUCUUGCUGGAUGCGUGCCAGGUGACGCAGCGUUUGAGCUCCACCGCGCUCGCGAAGGCCAUCGUCUCGCCGAAGACGGACCUCACCUCCGAGGAGGCGAAGCGCUGGGCCACUGAGAUGAGCAGGUGCGUCAGCUACGUUGUCAAUAAAUAUAGGAGCGCCGUGACCGCGGAGAAGCUGGACCACUACGCGAGGACCCUCGGAGACGCGAUGAAGUUGCAGCGCGGUCGCGACUCUUCCGGUAAAAAGAAGACGGCGAACGCAGAGGCUGUCGAGAGCACCUCGGAGGGUGAGAGCACGCGCGGCAAGACGACAAGCUCGGCCCCAGCCGCGAGUGCGCCACGGACUCCCGACGCCAGGUACAAGUUAAUCAAGGAGCAAUAUGGAAAUUCUCCACCGCCCAAGCCAGCCACCAAGAAGGACGCAGUGCACAACCCGCUUGUCGUGUUCUCAAGUCAGGAGGAGACGCGCGUGUCGCUGUCUGCGGGCGAUUCGGGCUCCUUGGUGGCAUGCGCGCCUGAUGGGGAGAAGAUCGACACCGACGAGUCCAAGGCCUUGCUCAUGGCCCACUCCGAGGGGCGGAAGAAGCGGGCGGCCCAGGAGAAGGAGGCACCGCAUCACCUGGACGACACCGAGCUGGCGAAGAAGAGGUUCUCGCGCUACGUGGAGUGA